AUGACUUCCUCUCUCGACCAACUCAAAGCCACUGGCACCACUGUCGUCUGCGACUCAGGUGACUUUCACACAAUUGAGAAGUACAAGCCACAAGAUGCUACCACCAACCCUUCGCUCAUCCUCGCCGCAUCCAAGAAACCCGAAUAUGCCAAGUUGAUCGACCCUGCGGUUGAAUAUGGCAAGGCUCAUGGCAAAACCAUUGACGAGCAGGUUGAUGCCACUCUCGACAGACUCCUGGUCGAAUUCGGCAACGAGAUUCUCAAGAUUGUCCCGGGCAAAGUCUCGACCGAGGUGGAUGCCCGAUUCUCCUUCGACACCAAGGCUUCGGUGGAAAAGGCCCGUCAUAUUAUCGAGCUCUACAAAUCGAUCGGCAUUGACAAGUCUCGUGUGUUGAUCAAAAUCGCUUCCACCUGGGAGGGUAUCAAGGCUGCAGAAAUCCUCCAAAAGGAGGGUAUCAACUGCAACUUGACCUUGAUGUUCUCCCUGGUCCAAGCCGUCGCCGCCGCCGAAGCUGGUGCCUUCCUCAUUUCCCCCUUCGUCGGCCGUAUCCUCGAUUGGUACAAAGCUGCAAUGAAGAAGGACUUCCCCGCCAACGAGGACCCGGGUGUCAAGAGUGUGCAGUCCAUCUUCAACUACUACAAGAAAUAUGGCUACAACACCAUCGUCAUGGGUGCCUCGUUCCGAAAUGUUGGCGAGAUCACUGAGCUAGCUGGCUGCGAUUACUUGACUAUUUCACCCAACUUGCUUGAGCAUCUGUACAACUCGACCGACCCGGUGCCCCAGAAGCUGAAGGCGGAGGAGGCCAAGACCCUGGACAUUCCCCGGCGCAGCUACAUCAACGAUGAGCCCUUGUUCCGUUUCGACUUCAACGAGGAGCAGAUGGCGGUUGAGAAGCUGCGAGAAGGUAUCAGUAAAUUUGCCGCGGAUGCCGUCACACUGAAGGGCAUUCUGCGGGAGAGGCUUGAGAAGGCUUGA